GAUCUAAAAAAAUGAAAACUUACAAAAAUGUAGAAUAGGUUGGGAUAUUUGUGCAUUUAAUGCAAUUAAUUUGUUGUAAAAUAUUUAUAAUUUUAUUUACUACUAAAAACUCAUGAAAAAUAAGUAGUUAUAUCAAUAGUAUGCAUAAAGUUUUAAAUAAUCAACCGAUCUAUAUGGAUGGGAUAAUAGAGAGAAUAAGAAUAUAAUCUUUAAAUUCGAAAAAAAAGGAAGCAUGGUCAAACAAUCAAAUAUAAAAUUAGAAGCUAAAAAAUAGUUAUUGUAAAAGGUAAACAAACAUUACUCUCUCUAAAUUGAAUUAAAGAAAUUACUCUAGCCCAAAGUACAGUAAAACCAAGGAAUUACAAGUUAUUUAAAAAUUUUAAGUUUAUAAAUAGCAAUUGUAAAAGUUAAAUACUUUACUUAAAUGUAAGCUUAUUUGACCCUAUUGUAUUUGAAAUACUUUUAAAUGUUAUUUUAUUAGUUCAACUGCAGUUGUAAAAUAAUAACUUUAAAAUGUUCUUUUGGUUUACGCUCUAGUUUGUAUAAAACACAUUUUGUAAUCUGCUGACAAAUUGUUAAUUUAAUGUUCUAUUUAUUUUUUAUUAUCCUAACCUUUUGUAUAGCCAACUGGCGGUCACCACUGGUUGCAUGGCACAUGGCUAGGUGGUUGUGGCAUGGCCGGACCAGAAGAGAGUAACUCGUGCUGCACGUCGUCGUCGCUGGUCGUUGGUCGUUGGUCAUGUCGUGUCGCUCUUUCGGAGGCUGCGGCACAAAUUUAUAUAUAGCAGCUUGCCGCCCAGCCCCCGUACCGCUCCCCCGCCCACUGCACCGCCCCCUGUACCGCCUUCUGCCCACUCAGCUGGCUCCCUGUGUUCCUGUUGUUGUUGCCAUUGAUUUAUCGUGAUCUGCUGGUUGUCGAUUUUUUGUUUUUGGUUGCUGUUAUUUUGUUCGUUCGCCGGUUCGUUGUUGCCUCUGCUGCUUACAACUCUGUUGUUCUUUUUUUUUGUCUCCUUUUUUUGUUGUAUCUUUUUUAGUAAUUUUUUUUUUUUUUUGGUUUUGUUAAAAAUGUUGAUUAUUGCAAAUUGCUUUGGCGAUUGGUAGCAGCUACUUAGUUGUGUUUUGUUGCUUGUUCUUGGCAAUUGUUUGAACAGCAAACAGAUCAAGCAAGAAAAAACGCCAUGAAAAAAUGGUUUAUAGUGGCGAUUAUGUUGGCUACUGCUACUGAUCCCCGUGCCACGAUCCUCGUUCCCCGACUUCACCCAAUCUCGAUGUGUGUCUAACGGUUUGGUUGGCUUAGAUCUUUGGAUCGGUGGCAUGCCUAAUUGGUUUUUAUUAUACAACCGACAACAUGUGCCCGCCUCGGUAUGCAAAUGGUGUCUAUUGUUACGCCUACACAAGACCCGAUGUGUCCCUAAAAAGUUAAAUGUUUGUGAAUACAGUGCGGUUCGAAACUCAAGCACAGUUUACAGCCAGAAUUCCAUAGAUAACGAUUAUCCAGCAAAUAAUCAAGCCCAAAAAAAAGCAACCCGAAAAACAAUAAAAUAUAUAAAAUGUAAAUUAAAAUCAAUCAAAUUAGAAAGAGUGUUUGUUUUUAAAUUUUGAAACGCACUGUCUGAAUGCGAUUAAAUUAAUAUACGAUUUAUAUACAUAGCUCAAAAAGAGAACUUGUUGACGAAAAGUUCGGCAAAGCAAAAAAUGAAAAGACAAAAGACCUAAAAAAAAUGUAUUUAUUUGUUAUACUGCACCCUUUUGGAUAGGCAAAAACAGAAUUAGAAAUUCCACUCUUAAGUGUUCUAAACCUUUUACAACUAUAGUUUUAAUAUGCAAAUAAUCAAAUAAAUAAAAAAGCAGCACCACUAAAAGGUCAAAUAUAAGCUGAAUGAACUAGACAGAGGAUCGAAUUUUUGUGAAUGGGACUGGUGAGAAUCAAGUUCUGAAAACUUGGGACAUUUGAUCAGAAGUGCUCGACAGGUGAGUAUUCGCAUUAAAUUUGCAUUGAUUCCCAGACUAUCUCAAACAUAUUUAUCAUAUUAACAUAGUCUUCAAAGCAGAUCUUGGCCCAGCCCUAGAGCAUUCAACUGUCAUAUCGUAUUAAGGCGCCUGCAUGUUGCCUUAAUAAGCCUUCCUAAUUUGUAGAUAAACAAUUAAUAAUUAUGAAUAUUAUGCGGCUUAUCCAAUCUUUUCAGACGACCACCCCGAGCGGAGUUGGGGAACCCACGUCGAGAUGCCAAUCGAAUAUGUUAAACCCGAAUCUAUCGUGGCUGAACGUCCACACCUCAGGUGGCGAUAGACUAGCAUGUCUCAUUAAUAUUAAUAUGGCCAGCCAUUCGUUCGCCCAACUAGUAUCUUUGUAUCCAUCUGUGUUGAGGCCUAAGGCCUAAGGCCUGUUUAGGUUUCAUGUUUGGUUUUUGUUUUUACUCUGCUAUUGGGAGAUAAAUUGCCUUUGUUUAUAUUAGUUAAUAUAUAAUCUUUAACGCCAUUAAUUUAGUUGCGCGUAUUAAUUGCUGCUGAUUUGGCUUGUCAAAUCAAUUUUUGUCUGUAUCACAGUCUUGGGGUCUGUGGCUUAUUAAUUUUUUGUCUUAUUUGUAUUUACAUUUCAAGUUUUUCAAGUUGUUUUUCUUUGCUUCUCUUGGCGGGUUCUUUGUUAUUGCCUCUUUUUUGACAGCAGAAGCGUGCUCUUGUGUAGACACAUUCGUGUUCGUUUCUUUUUGUUUCUUGGUUUUGAUUAAUUUGCUUUGGCCUGCGAACAGAAGCCACAUCGAUUUGGUUUCUUUUCGAGGUAUUAAUUUACUAAAAUGUUAAUUAAUUUGUCAGGCGUCGACAGCCGUCGAAAUCGCUUGAUAAAUAGUCCAGAAAACGAGUUCGGAGGGGAAAUCUAUCUCUUUUCCGAAUCAACAUCAACAUGGCUUUGAAAUUGUUGUGGAUAAGUACCAAAUAAUAUUUGUAUCAAGUCUCCAGAAUAUGUCUGACAAGGAUAAGGAUGAAGUGCCUGAGAAGUUGGGCGAUCUUCGCCAGGAUGAUCCCAACCCUGAUGAUUCCAUUGCCACUGGCACUGUUAGCAUAUCACCGUCCAUCCUGCGACCCAUCAACACCCCCAGACCCGAAAUCUCAAGUGCUCCCUCAGUUAUCGUUUCGUUGCCGGAGAUCGAAAGUGAAAACCUAGCUGAAGAAACCGCGGAGCAGCGACUCCGGCGCAGGAUGAGGUUCUUGGAAAUGCGGCGGGAACAUUACAAUAACAUGCUUGAACACAGUGAACGGUGCCACAUGGAGAGUUCCGAGGAUGAAGAUCACAAGGAUCACGAAGAUCAAAAAGAACCCAAGUAGAGACAGUUUAUAAUAUUCUUGUUAACUUUGUAAUUGUUUCCGUUUGAUUUAACGCUAUAAAUUAAGUAAACACCGUAUUAAACGAUCUAAA